GUUGCGUGUCAACGCCACGUUUUAGGAACACCCUUCGAGCGUCCUCAGCCAGAUGAAUCUGAAAACAUCUCGUUUUCCCACAGUUAAUACGUCUUUUUAAUGAGUAUACCGAACUAUAUACAGAGCGAAAGCAAAGAUGGAGGCAGCAAUUAAAACCGUGGUGAGUGUGUUCCUGAAGUCAUCCAAGGGCAAGGAAAACCUCGGAGGGAAGGAGUUCCAGAGCCUCGUGAAGGGCCAGCUAAAAAACAUUCUGACGGGCUCAGAGGACAAUGAGGCAGUAAAAAACAUGCGUCAACAGCUUGACAACAACCAGGAUGGGAAGGUCGGCUUCCAGGAGUAUAUGAAUCUGAUUGGCUAUCUGGCACAGACUCUCAGCGAACAGCGUUCUUUGGAAAAAGAAACCCAACCAGAGAGUUCAACCCAGGAGACGCAGGCUGAGGUGGUAGCCAAUGCACAGGCAGAGCCGGCAGCCAAUGCACAGGCAGAGCCGGCAGCCAAUGCACAGGCAGAGCCGCCGAAGGCAGAGCCACAGGCGGCAAAGGAGGUGGAGAAAGAAGACGAGCCAGUGACCGAGGAGGCAGCGGCCGAAGAGCAGAAGCCAGAGGAAGAGAAAAAAACAGAUGUGGAACAGGAAGGGGUGAAAGUUGAAGAGAAUAAAGCUGAAGAGAAGAAUAAAACAGAGGAAGCAUCGUAGGAGCUCGAGGAAGUGGAGAUUGUCGCAUCUCAAAUGCUUCUGUGUUUUUGUUCGUCAUUUUCAUUAUUGUGAUAUUUUAAUACAUAUAUAUGAAACCUG